GCCGAGUCUGAUUUCGUCACUUUUUAUCCGAGGGGUCUGCGCCGCAAUUCUCUACCCACCCUGCUUUCUCUGUCACUCCCCCAACCUCGUCCUCACCCCUUUAGAAGAGAGGCAAAUUAUCACUCUUUGGCCAGGGGACCACACAGGCACACCCAAGUUUGCACCCCGAAAUCAACCGUUUGGGAACCGAAUCACGAUGGGACAACCAAAGAGCCAGAAAAGCGUCGGCCUGGGCAACGCCCUGAUGCACGACCGCUUCGGCAAGGGCAAGGGCAAAGACCGGAGGAAGGGCACUGGAGUCACCCGCAUCAACCACGCGACCGGCGAGGAGUACAUUACAAAUGACCGUGAAGAGGCGAGCUGGGUGAAGAUGAGAUCGGUCACUGAGCAAGGCGCCCUGGACGAGUUCUUGGCGACCGCGGAGCUGGCAGGGACCGACUUCACGGCCGAGAAGAUGAACAACGUCAAGAUCAUCCACACCGACCAGAAGAACCCAUACCUGCUAUCGUCAGCCGAGGAGCGUAUCACAUCGAAGAAGCACAAAGAGAACAAGGACAAGCUGACGGUACCAAGGCGGCCGCAAUGGGAUGCGUCGACCACGCCCGAGGAGUUGGAUGCCAUGGAGCGGGGCAACUUUCUCGACUGGAGGCGAGGCCUUGCAGAGCUGCAGGAGAACCACGAUCUUCUGAUGACACCGUUCGAGCGAAACUUGGAGGUCUGGCGCCAGCUCUGGCGUGUCAUUGAAAGGUCGGACUUGGUUGUCCAAAUCGUCGAUGCCCGAAAUCCUCUGAUGUUCCGCUCCGAAGACCUGGACAAGUAUGUCAAGGAGGUGGAUCGGCGCAAGGAGAACCUGCUACUCAUCAACAAGGCCGACAUGAUGACAUAUAAGCAGCGGAAAGCUUGGGCAAACCACCUGAAGGGUGCAAAGAUUGCCUAUAGGUUCUUCUCCGCUCAAUUGGCAAAGGAGUACAAUGAGGCGCAGGAAGAGCAAGAUUCCGACGGGGAAUCCGACGAAGAGCCCCAACCGAGCAGUUCCAAGGUGGCGGGUGAGGCAUCAGAGCAGAAGGAGGAAGAAGCCAAGGCGGCAGGCGACAACCCUAACCUCCCUUUGACCGGGGAUUCUAUUGCACCUGACCAAGAUGAUGAGGACACGAGAAUAUUGACCGUGGAUGAGCUGGAAGGCAUCUUCCUGCAGCACGCACCUACGAAUCCGGAGAGAACGCAGAAGCUGACAAUUGGCCUGGUGGGGUACCCCAACGUCGGCAAGUCUUCCACCAUCAACGCUCUUAUCGGUGCCAAAAAGGUGUCUGUGUCGGCGACGCCCGGCAAGACCAAGCACUUCCAGACGAUCCACCUGAGUGAAAACGUCGUUCUAUGCGAUUGCCCUGGUCUUGUGUUCGCCAACUUCGCCAGCACAAAGGCGGAGCUCGUGUGCAACGGUGUCUUGCCCAUCGACCAACUGCGUGAGUACACCGGCCCUGUUGCUCUGGUGGCCAAGAGGAUACCAAAGAGCUUUCUGGAGGCACUGUACGGCAUCACGAUCAACAUGAGGCCGCUGGAGGAGGGUGGUACCGGAACAGUCACGGCGUCGGAAUUGCUGAGAGCGUAUGCCCGCGCGAGAGGGUUCGCCACCACAGGCCAAGGUAAUCCUGACGAAUCUCGUGCGGCGAGGUACAUCCUGAAGGAUUACGUCAACGGGAAGCUUCUCUAUGUCGAGCCUCCUCCAGGAGACUUUGAUGCGAGAGAGUUCAACAGCGAGCUGUACGACCCGUCGCAUCUGACCGGCAAGAGACGGCUUGCUCUUGCAAGCGCCAUGGAGUCAAUGUCGGUCGCUGAAGACGACGGGGCAUCUAUUGAUAUGGACAUGGACAUGGUCAUGGACAUGCCAGCCGGACCAAAGUCCAAGAACCUUGACAAGACAUUCUUCGGCCCCGGGAGCGGCAACGCUGGGCACAUCAACAAGCCGUUCAACUUCAAAUAUUCUGAGCAGGGGCAGGCGGAAGGGAGGCAGCUGAGCGGGAGGAAAGCCAGGACGAUGGCUGCGCUGGAGAAGGGAUUGGACCCUAGAGACGCGCAGCUGAGCAUGAACAGCAAGAAGCAUUUCAAGGGCGGACAGAAGACGAGGACGAAGAAGAAGCCAAGCACGGCGGAUGAUGACUAGACUGCCUAGGUAGUCUAAUACAAAGUCAGAGGGAUGGUAUACCAUGUCGAGUCCCAGAACAAAUUCAGUAAGAGCAAACGGCUGGCUUUCGCUAGCCAAGAGGCGGGAGGCGAGACAUCUUCUAGCUCGGUCAGAUGUGGGGCCCGGGGGAAGCGCCCGCAGACAAUGGUCAACGAAUUAUCGUCACGGCUGGUUCCCAAGUUACGCUUUUGCUCGUGGUGUUUCUUUGACAAGUUGCUGAAUACUGGGCAUCCAGCAGACCGCAUCUUGCGCUCGAAACUUAUUCGUGGAUGCCCCUGAUAGUCAUGGUCCACCGUUAUCAGCCUGAGCUCUGAGACAUCACAAAUGGCAGUAACUAGGAUGUGCGAUCCUACAAGGCAGCUUCACUUUCCAGCGUCAUUCUAUUCUUAACAAUCGGUAUUGCAUUUGCAGGAAUUGGUCCGAGACCUCAUCCUUACAGUCACAUUUGACUGCUUUCUCACAAGCCACUGAUUCAGAGACAAGAUGCGGCUUCACUGGGGGUGGUGAUUGACACCCAAAAGGUCAAUGGAUGUAGUAUAAUCGACCCAAGUCAACGGCCAGAUAUCUCUUUGACGAGGCAUCAGGAUCCCCACAUGUCUUCCGAGAGCCAACUCCGUCCACGUACCUCAUCACGUCCCAUUUGACCGACCUCGAGGGUCGCCUGAUCGGGAGCUCAAACACUAUCGGCCAU